GGUUCCUGGACCGUGUGAGCCAUGCUGGCUCCGCUGCGACGUCGUGACGUGGAUUUUCGACAGGGCGAGAAAACAGCCAAGUCUCAAAGGAUCUUUUCUUCAUAAUGGCGAUUUCACCCUCGCGGCAGAGUGAGCCCGCCGCCCACCAUGUUACGCCCGGAGUCGCCGCUCGCUGACCAUCGCAGCCUGCUCCCGCGCCGCCUGCUGCCCGUCAAAGCCCAAAUCGCCCCCGCUGACAAACGAAAAAACCGGCGAUCCCUUGAACUCAACGACAAUGCUCCUUAUGACUACCCAAAACUUCUCAUCUCGAAAACUACAGACUCUUUAAACACCGAGUGUCCGCGCAGACUCAUCCACAAACAAGACUCUACGGACAGUCUUAAACGCGCGCUUAUAUCGAAAGAUGAAAAGAAAGUCGUUAUCAAGGAUGAUAAAAAGGGUCAGGCGAAAUUGGAUUCUAAAGACUCAAGUGAGAGUUUAAAGAAGGCGUUGCUGUAUCGUCAGGAGUCCAAUGAUAGCGGUAAGCGCAGGGACUCCGAUCCGAAAUGGGUAAAAGAAGACGUAAAACGAGGGAGCGAUAAAAAAGGUCUGUUGGAAACGGAUAUAGAUGAUUGCAAGAGGAUAUAUGAGAGGAGGUCAGGUUGUGCUUUGCCAACAUUGCCUCCUGUGGCAGAGAAAGGGCUCCACAGCCCGCCGUCCCCUAAUGGAAGUCCUGUGAUUCCGAGCGUAACGGCCGCGGCCGAGGGUGUGGUGCGAUGGGGCAGCGGCCUCCUUUCUCCUCGCGAAGAGCCCAAGCUGAGGCCAGCCAGGAGUUGGUAUGGAUACGGGACGCUGCCGACUGAUAGUGAUAAGAUGGGAGCAGGCGCGACGGGGCCCGGAGGUCGAAGAGCCUUAGAACUAAUCCUCAGCGGCGGGCUCAAAUCCCUGGCGAGACCGGCGAAGCCUGUCCGACGGGCAGCUUCCAGGGAUUCAGUGUUGUCACAACCACAGCCCUUGCUCGAAGGUCUGCGAAAGUGCUCGACAGUCCUCGCCCUCACAGACCGAGAGAAGGUCACCGAACCGAUCAGGGCGCACAACAGGCUACGGGCGCCCUCCGUCUGCUCCCGAUGCUCGUCCCUGCUGUCUCUGGCCGGUGCUGGCGGAUCCAGGUAUUCCCUGGACGGCGCCGGAGGCGGUUUUGUACCGGCAGCACCGGUCAGUUGCAAGUUGUGCCUGGAGGACGCGCCGCCUGACAAGGUCACUGUCAUUAGUGGGUGUGGCUGCGCCUUUUGCACUAAGUGUAUGGCAGCGUACGUGGAGUUCGAAGUAUGCAACGGUGCAUACGAAGUAUCCUGUCCUGACGCAAGAUGCCGCGUAGGUGCCGCGCUGACACUCGACGAGAUCGCCUUGUUAGUCGAACCAUCCGUCAUGGAGAAGCACCGCAAGUUCCGGCUCAAUCAUGAGGUGGCGAUGGACUCCGGCCGUGCGUUCUGCCCACAGCCUGGCUGCGACACUGUGGUGACCGUCCGCGCCACCAGCCCUGCUCACUGCCCCACCUGCAGACACGAUUUCUGCUCGCAAUGCAAUCAGGAGUGGCAUGGUGGUAUAUCCUGUGAAGCAGCCGCCGCCUCCUCCUCAAUGGGAGGAGCUGGAGCUCCCCUAUUACCAGACUCCGAGUUGAUCAAGCUCUGCCCAAUGUGCCGCGUGCCUAUUGAAAAGGACGAGGGAUGUGCGCAAAUGAUGUGCAAACGGUGCAAACAUGUGUUUUGCUGGUAUUGCCUCGCUUCCUUAGAUGACGAUUUUCUUCUCAGGCACUACGACAAAGGCCCGUGCAAAAACAAACUCGGCCACUCCCGAGCAUCGGUGCUUUGGCACCGCGCACAGGUGGUAGGCAUUUUCGCCGGUUUCGGUCUGCUACUACUGGUGGCGAGUCCUUUGCUAUUGUUAGCAGCGCCCUGCAUCGUCUGCUGCAAGUGCAGACUAUGCAACCCGAGCACGAAAAACCUGGAAGAAGUAGACGAAAUAGACAGCAUCAGUCCAGGCCGAGACGACGAUGGCGAUGACAUUGCUAGAUCCUCUAGAUUCCUUGCUGAUUGACGACUGACGCGGUACUAAAGAAUGCGUGGACGCAGUAUGAAGAACGUACUACCAAUACAAAGAGCACAUAGUGUAGUAUACAGAUUAUUCAGUCUUUGCUUGUGUCGAAGCGAUUGUACAAUCUGAACCUUUUUUUUAUCGUGAUGAUUGUGAGCAUUUCGUCAGGUCACUAAGGCUUACUGUCAAAUAGAACUUAAUUAUGUCUUAAAAGUUAUCAAGGUCAGUCACCGGAGCAGGUCAAUCGCACGCGGGGAAUCGCAACACCUUACGCGGUAACGGGCAGUGUGUGUUCUCUACAUUGAAAUAGCUGUGUCUCGUGACAUAUGCCGUUACUAUGCGUGAUUUCGUCAAACAUCGCUAUUCGUGUUUUAUGAAGGUGCAUACAUUUUAGAUUGAAUGUCCGAUCUGGACAUCGAGUAUAUACCAGAAACAGACGAAAUGUCAUUUGAUUUGUUUGAAUACUAUUCUGCCAAAUCAUUACGGUGACAACUGCGCUCCG